AUGUGGAGGGCAAUUAUCUCCUCACAUAGAACUGCAGAGAAGGUGCUGCCAGAGCUCCUCUGUGUGCUGGAGGACUGGCCGCUGCACAGCACAUCCACCUCUGAUAAGGACGACUCAGAUGUCUUUCCUCUGGCCGCAACCAGAGCACUGUGGGAGAUCAUUCACCUGCCCGAGUGCCCAGAGAUGUUGAUUCUGUAUUUUCCCCGCCUCUUUGUGGUCCUGCUCUUCCAAGUUUUCUCCAGCACAGAGCGGAUGCCAGUGAAAGUCAAUGCCUUCUGGAGGCAAUGCCAGUACAAGCACUUCCUGCCCAAGAAUCCCAACAGAUUUGCAUUGAUGACCAUGAAAGCACUGCUCUGUGAGCUUAAGUAUGAGGAUGUGGUGUCUGAAGUUGAACGUGAGUGUGGCUGGGACACACUCCUCAGCACUGAUACCCACCACCAUACAGUGGGUCUUCUGGCCAGAGCAAUGCUCAGGAUCUCACAGCCUUUGUGUUGCCGCAUUGCACGCUACCUGUUCAGGCUGCUCCGCAGAGAGGAGGCACGCUGGGAGGUGGCUGCCAUGGCCUUCCUUGUUGAG